AGACGGUUCGCUUCGAGUUUUCACCAGAAGUUGUUGUUUUGAGGAUGAGGAAAUGCAGCUAGUUUUGUUGGUGGCAAGGAGAUGCAGUUAUGAAGCUUCUGUUGCCCACGAGCGAAGUGCGGCGAGCGACUGUCCGAUUUGAGACAAAAACAAAUGUCACUGCGUCAGCUGCUGGCUUAGGCCUUUUGUGUGGGCGACGAUGCAUAGACAGGGAGCAGCGGCAGAAGAUGUUUUUGUCGGGCAGCGUUCGUUCACAGAGUAGCGCCUCUGCGCGGCAGUUCGUCGAGGACCCUGAAGUAGAGCAUCGACGUGGCAUAAAUAUUGACUGGAACAAUUACGAGUCGGGUGCGCCAGAAGCAACCCACGAAUACCAUGGAAGCCAAAGAACCUCAAGAACUUGUGUGGAAGCCAAUAAUGUUCCGCGCGUGGCUGUCUGCGGUUCAUUGCCUGACGUGUUGCUCGCACUGGCGUCUGUGUGGGAGCGAGGUUACUGCGCGGUACCGAUAGACACGUCGAUUUUGAGUGCGGAGGAUGUGGCGCAUCGAUUGGCACUCUCGAGAGUGCAAAAGGUGUUUUCAAACUCAGAGAAAGUUGCGGCUUUGGCGCAUCGCACCGCGCUUCCGCAUGAGGAUCUAACGCGUGCAGCUGGUCUAGGUUUGGACCCCGGUACAUCGCUGUCUGCAAGGCUACAGAGGAUACUCCGUAAGUAUUUGUCUCGUUUUAAUAGACUGCUUACGCAACUACAGACGUUGAUUCACAAAAAGUUUUGAUCGGAUUCCAGGGGGCUUUUACGAAGUUAUUGUAAUUUUAAAGUUUUUUUCCCUGCGUUCAGUUCAGAACGUAUAGCUGCAAAAACAUGACUGACAGCACCAGCACAGAGUUCCGACUCACUUGCUUGCUGUACUCCGACAAACAAUUUGAACGGUCCUUCUUUCGUUCAUCGGGUUUGCUUCUCAUCAACACAUACAGGACACGGCAACACCGGUGAAAGGACAACUAGCGACGCAUUGAGUAGGAUACAUUUGUAUGGUGCAGGCUGUGCGAAGCCGUGUCCAUUGACAUUUGCGAACUUGAGAGAGCGCAUUCGUAUAGCUCAGAGUAUCUGGCAAUUUCGGCCUGAGGAUGCCGUUCGAUGUGUCGAUACCGAAGUUGUAAUCGACGGCGGCAUAGUGCCGCUACUCGCGGGUGCGCGCAUUCUUCCAAGCGGGAUUCCUCUGUUUCUUCAAUCCACAAACCGAGCUGCCUCGAGUUCUUCAGGAUCUGUGCUUUUCACUAGUCUUGGCAGUGCGGGUGUUCGCUCUGCGCUCGAUAGUCUCCUGGGUGUAACUGGUGAAAGUCAAUAUGUUCCCUCACCAGGUGGUGGACUACUUACAGGCGAAGAGCAAGUUCGCACUAUCGCGGUGCACGAGCUAGAACGUGUGUCACAAUGCAGCAGUCCGGCCACAGCACUGCGCCGUGCGCGGUAUCGUGCCCCAUUCCAUAGGUACUUCGCCGUGCCAGAAGUAGGCACGCUGUGCACUGGUAACUUGCAGAGACUCGUGCGAAGGACUCGCAAAGCCGCCGCCGCCACCGAAGGCUCAUCGAUUUUUGACGAUAGAAGCACGUGCGAAGAAAAGCGGGUGGAAGCACAAGUUGAUGACGCCGAGGCAGACCAUGAUCGCGCUGCAGAUGCUGGUGAUCUAGGUCGUGAAAGGAAGCCAGAAAGGCUUCUUUUGCGUAAUCCUGGGUACCUGUCCUGUGAGGUGGUAGCAAAGGGCUGCUUUCGUAUCGGUGGCCCAACGAUUAUUUCCCAAUAUUUCGGGAAAGAACCUUUUUCGCCUUAUGUUCAAAGACCUAAUGGGAAGGCUUUUCUUGACGAAGAGAACCUCUUGCAGGAGGCGGGAAAUGGUGAACAAUAUCAGCAGAGAAGUAGCUUUCUGCUCCGCCUCCCGCAGCCGCCAACCAGGGCAUCUAAAAAUUCGCAUCGUCCUGGUGUGCCUGGGCCAAAGGUUGCCCCUGCAUUGGGCGUAAGACGACACGACCAGGCGGAGUGGAAUAUCAAGAAGGUGAAGUUGCAAAGAUUCCGUUUGAAACGCGCGAAGAAGGGUAGAUAUGUGUAUCCAACUGACAAACACACGUGCGUCGCGCGCACAGUAUAUCGCAGCCGGUACCGUAGUAAGUCUCAAAAAAUCGGCCCCAAAUACUCGUAAUCUUGCAGAGGAAAUGGGAAUAUGAUUGGCAUUUUGGAAGUGUCGGGUAAUGGUUAUGCCUAUGGGAAGAUGGAGGUGUAGCAGCUGGUGGGCUCUAGACACGGAAAAAUUUUUCAUGCAUGCCUAAAACACACUUAACGAAGCGCAAUGUCAAAGAAAACAAUUGAACGUUUUUCGCCCUGAACAAAAUGAAGAUUAGUGACAUCUCAUGAGAAUGACAAUGAAUAGAUACUACGCGGCACAUGCGAACGAACGACUUGCGGUGCAAAGGGUG